GACUGAUCCAGUGACCUAGACUCCUCUACAGCUGCCUAAGACCCUGAGUUCCUGGCCUGGGGUUCUAGGAAAUGGAGAAUCUGCUCCAAUGGUCCACUACUGGAGGGUGGUCACCUAAGGGAUAGGGGUAUUCCCCUAGCAGGGGAAGAGAGGCUUGAAGGAGAACAUGGCCCUGAGGUCAUGGCUGUGUGGAAAGUGAGGCCUGUGUGGCUCAGAGAAUUCGGCCCUGGGACGCUCAUUUCCUGGAUGGCCCCCUGAGGGCCCUUUGCAGCCAGGCGGGCAGGGCCCAGGUGUCCAGCCACCCAGCACCGCCUCAGGCCUCCUGGCUCCGGGGGGGUAGCCUUUGCGCCUGCCGUUCCCAGCGCCAGCUCUCAGACCACAGAAGGCCCUUUGUUCUGGCUGCCAGCAGUGCCCGCCGGGCGGCUGGGAACAGGGCCCACAGCCCUCACCCUCUCCCAAGGCCUCCAGCCGUCGGGCAGUGCCAUUCUAGGUUGGCUAGGAGGCCCCUGGCACACAGGGCCGGCACAGGAAACCGUCUCCUGGUGUUAAUGUCAGGGAGGGGGUGUCAAUCCAGGGCCCACCACCAGCGCGGGGUCUGGAUUCCUGGGACUCAGCAUCCUGGGGUCCAGACACCACUGGACUCUGAACUCAGGUCAUCCAGCUGAUCCUCACUUCACAGAUGGAGAAACUGAGGUCCCAAGGGCUUGCCUUGACUGACCUUUGACUUGUGUUGGUGUGAGAGUCAGUGCUCCGGGUGGCAGACCCUGACCAUGGAGGCACCUCUGCAGACGGAAAUGGUGGAGCUGGUGCCCAACGGCAAACACUCAGAGGGGCUGCUCCCAGUCACCACCCCCACGGCUGUCAACCAGAGGGUCGAAGGCCCCAGACGGAGCUGUGUUGAGGGCGAGGGCUUCCUACAGAAAAACCCCAGCAAGGAGCCACACUUCACAGACUUUGUGGGGAAGACUUCAUUUGGGAUGUCAGUGUUCAACCUCAGCAACGCCAUCAUGGGCAGUGGCAUCCUGGGACUCGCCUAUGCCAUGGCCAACACGGGCAUCGUCCUUUUCCUGUUCCUGUUGACAGCCGUCGCCCUGCUCUCCAGCUACUCCAUCCACCUGCUACUCAAGUCCUCAGGGAUCGUGGGUAUCCGUGCCUAUGAGCAGCUAGGCUACCGUGCCUUUGGGACCCCAGGAAAGCUGGCAGCGGCCCUGGCCAUCACACUGCAGAAUAUUGGAGCCAUGUCCAGCUACCUGUACAUCAUCAAGUCCGAGCUGCCCCUUGUCAUACAGACCUUCCUGAACCUGGAGGAGCAAACUUCGGACUGGUACAUGAAUGGGAACUACCUGGUGAUCCUUGUUUCUGUCAUCGUCAUUCUGCCCCUGGCACUGAUGCGGCAGCUUGGCUACCUGGGUUACUCCAGCGGCUUCUCUCUCAGCUGCAUGGUGUUCUUCCUAAUUGCAGUCAUCUACAAAAAGUUCCAUGUGCCCUGCCCUCUGCCCCUCAACCUCGCCAACAUCACGGGCAACGUCAGCCUCAUGGAGGUCACCAAGGAGGAGGCGCAGCUGCAGGCUGAAACAGAGGCCGCAGCCUUCUGCACCCCGAGUUACUUCACACUCAACUCACAGACAGCAUAUACCAUCCCUAUCAUGGCCUUCGCCUUCGUCUGCCAUCCCGAGGUGCUGCCCAUCUAUACGGAGCUCAAGGACCCCUCCAAGAGGAAGAUGCAGCACAUCUCCAACCUGUCCAUCGCCGUCAUGUAUGUCAUGUACUUCCUGGCUGCCCUCUUCGGCUACCUCACCUUCUACGACGGGGUGGAGUCGGAGCUACUGCACACCUACAGCAAGGUGGACCCAUUUGACGUGCUGAUCCUCUGUGUGCGUGUGGCCGUGCUGACGGCAGUCACACUCACAGUGCCCAUCGUUCUGUUUCCGGUGCGCCGUGCCAUCCAGCAGAUGCUGUUUAAGAACCAGGAGUUCAGCUGGCUGCGGCACAUACUCAUUGCCAUCGGCCUGCUCACUUGUAUCAACUUGCUGGUUAUCUUCGCUCCCAACAUCCUGGGCAUCUUCGGGGUCAUUGGUGCCACAUCUGCCCCAUGCCUCAUCUUCAUCUUCCCCGCCAUCUUCUACUUUCGCAUCAUACCCACCGAGAAGGAACCUGCAAAGUCUACCCCCAAAAUCUUGGCCCUUUGUUUCGCUGUGCUUGGCCUCUUGCUGAUGACCAUGAGCUUGAGCUUCAUCAUCAUUGAUUGGGUGUCAGGGACCGGCCGGCAUGGAGGAAGCCACUAGGAAGACCCCCGGCCUGUUCUGUCUACUCGUCCAAGUACCCCUGCCCAGAGUCUUCAGCCCCUGCUCCCAUCCAGUGGCCAGUCAGCGGGGAGAAGAAAGAUGUGGUUAACACUAUGGCAUUUGUCCCCUGCCUCACGUCUUCUCUGUGGAAGGUUUUUGUUACAGCCGGGACCAAGGCCCUUGGACCACUACCUUGCUGGGCUCCCGGGCUACAGGGGCUUCCGGAGUUGGGAGCAGGGUGGGGCUGUGCCCUUUCUCCCUUCCUGUUGCCUCAGAUCCCACUCAGGCCCCUGCCCUCCUUGCACAGAUGCAAACACUGAGGUCCAACAGCUGCCUACACAGUCUGUAGGGCACAUAGAGUUGGAGCCCAAGCCUGCAGCCAUCUCCCCACCUUGCUGCUGGACCUUGGUCUGCACUCUGGGGCCUCAUCUCCCUCAAUGCACUUGCCUUCCUCCACUUCUGUCCCGGAGGCCCCUUUCAGUCACUUGGACUCAAGCGCUUGGAUACUCUCGUCUCCUUCUCCCAUCCCCACCACCAGAAGCAGACCACCCCCCAUACCGGAAGCCAUCAAGUUCUUUUAAAUGUGAGGCUGGUGUGGGCACCCCCAGGGACCUGCUCCUUCACCAGUCCUGGGGAGGCUGGGACUCCCCCCACCCCAAGUCUGGGCCGUAGCUCACAUUCCAUUUCUGGGAGAAGAAAGAGGCUGGGGCCCAGAGCGUCUCUGCCCCUGGGAGCCAAAGACCCCAGGGGCUGAUCCGGGGUAGGAGUGGAGAAGCUGUCAGCUCCCUUUUAUAAAUAUUAUACAUAAUACCA